AUGGACCGCAACCCACAGCAUUCGAGGUUGACUGAUCCAUCAAACCCAGCCGGCAGACGCAAAGAGAUUGACAAUGUAAUGAAGCGCGCCCGUCAAGCCUCACCGGGCAGUUGGGACAGGAAGCUACUGGAAGUGGAAGAGAAGGACCCCAAUCGAUGGCGCCACACCGGCUACAAGCAGUUGUAUUUAGACGGUUCGGGUUCCGUGUCACCUCGUCGGUCCAGGUCACCAGUACUCGGAAGACGUUCUAGGUCUCCAAUGGUACGCCGGUCACGAUCUCCAGUGCUGCGGCGCUCCCGGGCGCCGGUGGUGCGUCGAUCCCGCUCGCCAGUGGUGCGUCGAUCUCGGUCUCCAGUGGGUCGUCGUUCUCCUAUCGUACGUCGAUCCCGGUCCCCUGUGGGACGUCGGUCGCGGUCUCCGGUGACGCGUCGGUCGCGAUCUGCUCGACGCAGUCCACGCAAGUCCCGCACCCGUUCGCCACGCCGCAGUCCCCGUAGGAGUCCUCGUAGGAGCCCUAUCAGACGCAGCGCCGGGCGCAGCAGCCCGCGGAGACGACGCGCGCGCCCCGCGCCCCCGACCCGUGCGCCGCGCCCGCCCUCACCGCCCGCCCCGCCCGCCCAGCGCCAGUCUUCUCCAUCGGGUUCAUCGGUGAGCAGCUGUUCAGAUGAGUCAUGCUCCGUCUGCUCUGCCAAGAAUAAGAAAGGACCUCCACCACCCAAACCUGUAAAGCCUGGUUCGACUUCACCGGGUCGUGCAGCAGCGGCCAAACGGGCUCCUCCAGCCACAAGCACAACAAGAGCCGUGCAGCCCACGCGGGAGCUGCUCAAAGCCAGGGAGGCCAGCAAGAGGACUCGGGAGGAGAAGGUGCUCGAAUGGCAGCGCUCCCAAUUGGAUGUGACCGGUAUAAAACGCGAGGGCGAACGUCGUCGACCGCGUCCAGAACGGCCAGAGCGUCCGGAACGUCCUGAACGAGGAGUUUCACCCGCUGCAAUAGUGGCAGCUUUGGCUGACACCUCAUCAGAGUCUGACUCUGAAGGCAGUUCUGAACCCCAACCCCAACGGCUGACGCUGUCCGAACGCUUCGGCAAGAUGGCACAGUGGUCGUUAGACAGAUCCGCGCGGCUCGAGAAUAUGCGGAUUACAAGAGAUACAAGACGAGAGACGUCUCUUCACGUGAGGAUCGAACGCGCCGAACCGCCAGCAGCCCCGGGAGUCCCGGGAGAUGUCCCCGCCGGAAGCUACCCGGAGGAGCUCCUCGCUGCAGCACCAGCUGGAUUACCUUCAUGGGAUGAUGUGCGAGUGCGAUACGACUACUACAAGAAGCGCGGUUACUUACGAGGACUGACGCUGCCGGAUUACGUGAAGUGGGAGGAGUGGUGGUACAAGUACCAGGAGUGGCUGAAGCGCGAGCGCGCGUACGAGCGCUGGGCUGAGGGGGGUGACGGUGUGGUGGGGGGUGGCGGCAGGAGGGAGAGGCGGCGGCGAGGGGGCCGGCACCGGCGCAGCUGA